ACAGCAAGCCUACACCGUCAUACACACCAGAGCGUAGACAUUCUUUCGAACAAGCUGCGGCAAGCAUGUAUGCUGCGCUCGUCACUGCCAAUCAAGAAUGUCGCAGCAUCGAGAAGAGCUUCAUGAACGAUGUUCGCCACGUUAUGCGCUGGCUACCACCUUCAUACAUGGACUCACUUUGGACCAUUCGUGUUGGCUGGGAUGGAUCGCCAGCCGGAGAUGGCACCAAACCCGGGUUCGCAAAACUGGAUACCACCGCCGUCUCAUACGAUUCUGUCGUUAGACGCUUCUCUGCCGCACUGCAAGGCAUGAAGUCCUCCGGUCCUCCAGCCAAUGCUCCAGACUCCGGGCAGGGCUUCAGCUGGGAAGUCCUCCGAACGACGAUGCGAAAGCUGCAGAUCUCUCUCGAGGCCAUUGAAGAAAUCUUCCAGCUUACCAGGAACCACCGCGAUCGGAUGCCUCUGCUCUUACACGAGCUUGCAAGCGCUAUUCACCUGCUGGAAAGCGUCAGAGAUGUUUGGGAGACGUCAAAUACACGAGCUGGAGCAUCGAAGGGGAAAGGUCGGGAAGUGCCGAGCACGACACCAGGAUGCAGUAGUAGAGACUUUGAAUGGUCGGAAGUUGGAUGUGGCAAUCCUAGUCCCAUGUGAUAUGGAUCGCUAUCAUGAAAGGUUCUUCAGGCCGCAACAGCAGUUUUCGGCAGGGUAUGCAGACCUUCCCAAUCUGUAAUGAAAA